AUGAACGCAGACCUGAGUCUAGAUGUCCCAGAAGUCCAAGUUCUCAUCAACUUUCCAGCUGAUCCUGAUGGGUUUUACUGGCACCAUCGCAUUUUGUUGUGCCGUGUGAGUGGCGCAUCAUGGAUGACUCUCACUCCAGACCACGAGGUCCAGCAGCACGACCUGAGCACCCUUGUCCAUCGGGUUCUGAAUCGAAGGUCACCUUUUCCAGCAGACAUAGUAGACGAGGUUUAUGCGCAUGACCCCAUUGGUCGCGCAGCCUUGAAUGGAUUCAAGAGACAGGCUCAGACCAUGGCUGUGAUCUUAGGGGAAGGGGUUUUACCUGACACGGAAUCCACCCAGUGGGUGAUCUGCGAUCCAAACCAUUCUCAAUUUGGUGAGGUUGUGGAUGAGGCCAUGCUCGAGAAUGAAGCUACAGGCCUUGCUUUUUCUCAAAAAGGCGUGGUGCUGAAGGAUGGAGAGGAGAUCUUCAUUGAGCGGGUGGCCAGUGACCAAAUAGAGACUUGGAAGAGAGAGAAGCGACUGGGCUCAGCUGAUGUGAGGUUGUUAGGAGACCAUAAGGAUGCCUCUGGAAAACGCAGGCUUGAGUUGGCCACAGCAGUGUCCCUGAUGAAGGAGGUGAAAGAUGAUGAUUUCCCCAUUGCGGGGGUCCGAGCCUGCAAAGAGCUCCACGAAGCAGUCCUAGGUGGCCCUGGCAACUUUGUAUCCUACCACUCAGAGUGGUUGAGGCUGUCCGGCGUUUCCCGGAGAUCUAGUGCAGCUCAUGCUCAUGCCGCACUGUGUGAAGGACUCCGUCUUCUUCACCACUAUGACCAGAUCGACGCCAGUUCUGUGGCCAUCGGAGAACAUCUUUCCAGGUGGUUGAUCCAGAUUGAACUGGCUGUGGAGAGGAGCCCUUCAGCGCCAAAUUUUGACGGCCUUGACAUUCUUGCUGGAACCUCAACCCUCCAAGACGGCCGUGCAUCGACCGCCCGAUUCACAGAGUGGGUCAGCACGCGCAUGAGGGAACGGGCAACCUUGUGGAAGCAAGAGAGGCUUUUUCAGCAAGAGCGCCGCCAUCAACGAGGUCGCAAUGUGGCCGCUGAGGAUGAUGAUGAUGAUGACGAUGAAGAUGCAGGAAAGGGAGGACGAAAGGGCAAGAAAAAGAAGAAGACCAAAAAGCCGGACGGUACACCAGACAAUCCGUCCGGCUCUGGCUCGAAGUUGAGAGAGGGCCUCCGUGCUGAAUCUGCAGAGACUUCACUGCAUCGGCGAGCUGAUGAAGCGUUCAAAUGUUUGAACGAACUCGCUGCAGUGCCUUUUGAUGAGACCGUGAGGACAUCGACUGCUUCUUUGACAAAAGUGCAGGAGUGGAUUGUAAAGGAUGUCCUCAGGAGAAUCUCCCAGCAUGGACAUGCUCCGGACCUUACGGAGCAAGCGGCUUUGGAUGAGAUUGUCUCCUCAGAGCACCUGUAUGAGCAGGAGGCCAACCAUCUGGUCGGCUUCGAUAUCUCUAGGAUUAAGGUGUUGCAGAGGCAAGCUAGACCUUCCUUGACUGUGGACUUGGCCUCCCCCGAAGCAAAGGCUUACCUGUUGAACUAUAGAGAGCUGAUUGAAAGACCCGCCUUUGAGCUUGAAGCUGAUGGUUUUCAAGAGUCUUUGCCGACUCCAUACUGGGAUCCACUGCUUCGUCGUAGUCGAAAGAAGAGGGUGGAGUUGUAUCAAGCUCUUUUCAGGUGUUCUUUGCUUUCCUUCCGAAGGAGGGAGAAGGCCCGAGCGGCAUUCUUCACUGUUCGCAAAAAGGACAACUACCAUCAGCGGCUCAUUAUAGAUGCGCGUCAGGCCAAUGCUUUCCAUCAUAGGCCUCCAACUACGCGGCUGGCGACCCCGGCCGGAAUGGUCUCUCUAGACUUUUCUCCAGAGACCUUGGAGGCCAAUGGUUUUGGUGGGAUAGCGGGCAAUGGCGAUGAUGAUGAUGAUUCGCGCAUUCCGAUUUCACCUCAUGCCGAAACGGGAGACGUGGGCGAUUGUUUCUACAACUUUCUCGUACCACAGUUGGCCAGCUGGUUUUCUUUGGGUGAUUGGUUCACCGGGGCAGAGCUCUCUGCCUUGGGAAUGAACCCAGGCACAAUUUUUGAUGACGACUCCCAGCGGGAUUCGCCCUUGGAAGAUUCAGAGUCAGUGGUGGCGUGUUUUUCUGGAAUGGCAAUGGGGUGGAGUUGGAGCCUGUUUUUGGCCAAUGAGUCGGUGGUGCAUCAGUCCUCUUUCCCUCGACAAUGGGAUCAAGAUGAUAUCAUCCGAGACAAAGCCCCUCCUCCUCUUGUCCAGCCAGGGCGUCCAGCUGUUGGCAUCUAUGUCGACAACAUCCAAGUUCUGGCGGGCGGGGCGGGUGAGGCUUCAAGUCGGAUGUUAGGGAUAGCGAACAGGUUCUCACAGUUGGGGAUUCCCUAUGACAUUGACGAUGUGCAUGACAAGGUCGAAGUUGAAAGCCUAGGCAUGAAGUUUGACUUUGCUGGAAGGGUAGCUGCCAUGCCCAAACCUCGUCGGACGUGGAGACUCUGGCUGGCGACCCGUUGUCUUUUGAAGAGACGCCGCGUCCAUGGCAAAGUUCUACAGGUUUGGUUGGGCCAUGUCACACAUCAUUUUGCUUUGACUAGGUGUUGUAUGUCUAGCUUGUCGGCAUGUUACAGGUUUGCGGAGGAGCACAAAGGUCACAGAGCUGUUGUUUGGCCGUCUGUCAAGAAGGAGCUGAGACAUUGCUUGGGUCUUUUCUUUUUGGUCGAAAUGGACCUCAGCGCGCCCACAUCACCUGAGGUGCAUGUCGGUGACUCAGCUGACUUGGGAUACUCUUUGAUGACCACUCAAGCCAGCCAUGAAGAGAUCAGGGCGGAACUCCGCUUCAAAGAAAGAUGGCGUUUUAUCACCAGUUCUGAACCUGUGCGUAGCUGUCCGCUUCCUCCACCCCAGGGUGAAUGUCAAAGUUCGGCCUUCGUCACUGACCCCUUGCAGGAGUUCCACUACAUGGGAUCCCGCCGCAAUGCAGGACUUGGCCGAAGCACUCAAUUUGGCAGGUGGUUGGGUGAGCAAGUUAAGGAUCCUCAAUGGGAACAAUGGUUGCGAGAAAGGCAUGCCCGUUUUGAAGCAGCUCAUAGACCACGCAUUUCCUUGAUACAUGGUCCGGGGGUUCCGCCGGUCGCGUCCACAUGGGACACGGCUGACAGAUGGCGCCUCUUGGUCGCCAGACCUUGGGAUCAUCCCUCAGAGCAUAUAAACGCAAAGAGCUGA